GUUUCUUUUUAUAUUUGGUCUCAGCCUAAGCUGUAGCUUCUGUUUCAGAAGGACUUCAAUUCAUUUCCAAAAUGUUCCAGACCCUGAAGCUGCUGGAAACCCACUUUUCCUUACGCCUUUCAUCGAGGCUGGAAUGAUACUAGAGGGCCAGACUGCUGCAGAGGUGCAUCUUCCGAAUUUCAAUUUCACAAGCUUUGCCGGAUAUAUGACUGUCAACAAAAGGUAUAACUCAAACAUAUUUUUCUGGUAUAUCCAAUCAGAAAUUGAUCCAAAAAAUGCUCCAGUUGUUCUAUGGCUGCAAGGAGGGCCUGGAAGUUCUUCACUUUUCGGACUAUUUUGUGAAAAUGGACCAAUAACCCCAGACAAGAAUGGUAGGAUGCAAAUUUCUAAGUACGCUUGGUCAAAUCUAUUCAAUGUGAUAUAUAUAGACAAUCCAGUCGGCACAGGAUUCAGUUUCACUGAAGAUGAACAGGGAUAUCCGAAUAAUCAGGUUGAAGUUGGAAAAGAUCUGCAUUCCACAUUAGAACAGUUUUUUACAUUAUUUCCACAUCUGAGAAAAAAUGAUUUCUUCGUCACUGGUGAAUCCUACGCCGGCAAGUAUGUACCAGCAGUAGCAUUUGCAAUUCACACUGCUAAUAAAAACAAUACUCGCAAAAUCAAUAUGAAGGGGAUAGCAAUCGGAGACGGAUGGACGGAUCCAGAAAACAUGUUGUUAUAUGGCGAUUAUCUGUACCAAAUCGGUCUGAUUGAUAAGAAUGCCAGAGAUGCAUUCCACGAAAAAGAAAACGAAACUCGUUGGUACAUCCAAAAGGGAGAUUAUACAUCUGCAACUAAAGUAAUAGAUUCUUUGAUUCUUACUGUAUAUACUCCUUAUCCAUCAUUCUUUACGAACAUCACAGGAUUCUCAGCCUACUACAACUACCUCAAUGUUGGAGAUGAAAGUGAAUCCUGUGAUUAUUCCACUUUCCUCCUCAGUGACCAGAUCAGAAACAGGAUACAUGUCGGAAAUAAGACCUAUCUUGGGGGUGAAGUUAGUGCAAGACACUUGUUCGAUGACAUCGGGAAAUCGGUGAAGCCUUGGGUGGAAGUUCUUCUAGAGAACUAUCGAGUACUCUUCUACAACGGGCAGCUGGACAUCAUAUGUGCCUACCCCCUCACUGUCAACUUCCUCAAUCAUUUGUCCUGGAGUGGCUCAGAUCUUUACAAAGUCGCCCCUCGAAAGGAAUGGUUUGUCGGUGGAGAGCUCGCGGGUUACACUAAGACAGUGAAAGGGUUCACCGAAGUGUUAGUGAGGGACGCUGGGCAUAUGGUGCCAAGCGAUCAACCCAAAUAUGCUUUUGAUUUAUUAUCUAGAUUUGUUUUCAAUAAAAGUUUUUAAAUAUGAGUUGCGAUUUCUUAAUUUAAAAACUUGAAAGAUAACGAACUCAAUAGCUAAAUUACUUACGCCAUUUGAGCCCAAUAAUAUUGUGUUG